AUGGCUGUCAAUAGACAUUGGGAGCAAGACAAAGAGGCCACCGUCUACAUCGGCAACAUCGACGAGCGCGCAACCUCCGCCAUGGUCUACGAAAUCAUGCUCCAGAUGGGCCCCAUCCACAACAUCCACAUGCCUCGCGAUCGCGUCACCCAAACCCACCAGGGCUUCGGCUUCGUCGAGUUCCGCACCCCCGCCGACGCCGAGUACGCUGCCAACGUCAUGAACGGCAUCAAGCUCUACGGCAAGUCCCUCCGCGUGAACAAGGCCAGCGCCGACAAGCAGCGGUCCGCCGAGGUUGGUGCCGAGCUGUUCAUCGGAAACCUGGAUCCCAUGGUCGACGAGAAGAUCCUAUACGAUACGUUUAGCCGCUUUGGACCGCUGCUGAGCAUCCCCAAGGUGGCCAGAGAGGAUAGCGGCGCGAGCAAGGGAUUCGGGUUUGUCAGCUACGGCGACUUCGAGAGCAGUGAUGCUGCCAUCGCCAACCUGCACGGACAGUACAUCCUCAGCAAGGAGGUUUCUGUGCAAUACGCUUUCAAGAAGGACGGCAAGGGAGACAGGCACGGUGACCAGGCUGAGCGAGCAUUGGCUGCGCAAGCCAAGUCAAGAAAUAUCCUCCCCGAAGCCCAGCCGCUUCCUCAAGCCUUCCUGAUGGGCUCCAACGCCGCCGCUCCUCCUCCGGCUUCUGCAGUCCCUCCACCCGCGCCAGCAGGCUUUGAUUCAAGCGCCAUGGGAGGCGUUCCUGCUGGAGCACCACCGCCCAUGAUGGGAACACCUACACAUGCUGGCAUGCCCAGCGGCUUUGCUCCUCCUCCACGCGGACCAUCUCCUUACAACAACCCCGGCGCCGGCCACCCUCCUCCAAACGGCUUCCCUGGAGCUGGGCGAGGCUCAGCUCCCCUCCCACCAGCUCCUUCAGGUCUACCCGCACGACCACCUCAGAUCCAGGGCGGAUAUACGAACCCUGCAGAUUUCCAUCCAUCUGGCUUCCGGCCUCCGUCUGGCGGUCCUCCUUCGGGAGUUGCUCCGCCGCAAGGUUUCCCAGCAGUCCCGCCUCCCGGCUUUCCCUUGCCUCCUCCAGGAGCGACAGGGACUCCACCAGCGCCGCCUGGAUUUAUGCCACCUCCAGGUUUCCAGCCUCCACCAGGCUUUGGUCGCCGGUGA